GUAAGAGACACUUGGACACUCAGAUCAGAUACACCGAGCUUGGGGCCCACGCAGGGACCAGCCCCUCCUCUCCCCCACCUCCUCUACUACCACCUGCUCGCCUUCUCCAGGCUUUAGCCCCUCUGUCACUCUGGGGCCCGCACUGCCUGAGGGAUCCAAUAGUGAGACCUCCAUACCUUCUGCAGCCCCAGAUCUGGCCCCAGCCCUGGCAACCAUCAUGGAGAAGGACUUUCAAGACAUCCAGCAGCUGGACAAUGAGGAAAGUGACCAUCAGCUCGGCAGAGGCGCGGGCCCAGGAGCUCGAGGGCAGACCCCCAGGCGAGGAGAUCCAUUUUGGAAAGGGUUGCCGCCUCCCCAGUCCCCCCUGCAGCGCCUCUGCUCCAGGCCCCGCCUCAGUCUGCUCAUCCUGAGCCUCAAUGUCCUGCUGCUGGUGGCCAUCUGUGUGAUUGGGUCCCAAAGCAUACAGCUGCAAGUGGAGCUGCAGACCCUGAAAGAAACUUUCGGCAACUUUUCCUCCAGCACCCUGAUGGAGGUCCGGGCUCUAACCUCCCAUGGAAGUAGCUCAAAUGAUAAGGUGACGUCUCUGCAAGCCAAGCUGGAGAAACAGAAGCAAGACCUGAAAGCAGAUCACGCCACCUUGCUCCUUCACCUGAAGCAUUUUCCAUUCGAUAUGCGCAUCCUGGCUUGUCAGAUGGCGUUCAUCCAGAGCAACGGGACACAGUGCUGCCCCGUUAACUGGGUGGAGUACGAAGACAGCUGCUACUGGUUCUCUCGCUCUGGGAAGACCUGGGCCGAGGCUGAGAAGUACUGCCUGCUGGAGAACGCCCACCUGGUCGUCAUCAAUUCCAGAGAGGAGCAGAAGUUCAUUCUAGAGCACACGAACCCCUUUCAAACCUGGUUGGGACUUACAAACAGCGAAGGCUCCUGGAAAUGGGUGGAUGACACAGACUAUAGGUCUACCUACAGGAACUGGGCCUCUCAUCCAGUCGACUGGCGGGGGCACGAGACGGGAGGAAGUGAAGACUGCGCCAAGCUCCGCCCCGACGGCCGCUGGAUCGACGAGUUCUGCCAGCAGGUGCAACGCUGGGUGUGCGAGAUGCCGCGCGACCUGCCCGGCUAGCGCCCCGCGCGACGGCCCCCAGCUUCUCCCCUGGGAUUUUGGAACCAAGGAAGGAGAGUCGGGUCAGGGGAAUGGGAAGGGGUUGAGGAUAGAAAGGGGCUAUCCUGGGGGUGGUUAAUAGUCUCAGCCCCUGGAGAGACAGAGCCCGGCCCCAUCCACGCUGCGUGGUAAUUAUUAGAAUUUUCAGCCUCUUUCGUGGGGUAGGGAAAGAAGAAACGAAUUCUUGAAACUCA